AUGAGCUGUGCUGGCAUCGAGGCGAUUGUCAUCGUUGGGGAAGAUGGUGGAUCUGUUACACAGCAUAUGGCAACCAUACAGGCCAAUCAUCGCUUUCUAAUCUCGUCGGUCUGCGAUCCUUCCUGGGCAACACAGCGACUCGCACUUCUCUUUCCCCCCAAGCAGGAUUCCUGCCUCCCAAGAGUUGACGUUCUGAAAGAGCUAUCGAGAGGUUACAAGGUUGCAAGCAAUCACAAGGCAUGUCAACAGGAUCUCGGACUUCCGAACAUGAUGACGAUUCAAAGGAUGCGGUCCCGUAGACCACACACACCCUAUGGCUUUUCCCACGCGCGCCUUCCCCGGACGCCUUUCCUGCGUCGAUCAUCAUCAUCAGAGGCGCGCGGUGGCGCGAUGGAUGGGCACUUGAAAGCGACAUUCGCUUCCUCAUGGAUCUCAAGGCGAGACGUCGUGGCGUCUCCAAUGGAAACUUUUUCAAGGUUGGGGGAGAAAGAGAAGGCAAACCUUGCACUUCUCCAGAUCGGAGUCAUCCUCUCGGUAUACGAGCGCUUGACGGGUUGCCUCUUUCGGGGAGUCUACGCUCGGUUGUUACAUGCCGAUCGUCUUUCUAAAGAGUUUCCCUCUGAAGCCCUACAAGCCCAUCUGACACAAAGCGCCGGUUGCCAUUAUCAGUCUCAAGGCUACAUUAUAUACCCGCGGCUUUACAUCGAUUCAGGAGCUGGCCUCAAUAGUCAGCCUAAUUCAGUAGCUCGUGCAAUCGAUCGCGACAAAUGCGAGGAAGGCUCAGCACCGUAGCUUUCUAAGGGGGAUGGAAGGGAGACUUGCUCCACACGGAUCAUAAGCUGGUUGGUUAUUCUGUGAGAUCACACCGAUCACACUCUGCCAGAAGAUCAAGCCGUGUUGUUGGUCGCCGAUAGAAGGAAGAUUCGGCGCUCCAGAGGAGGGAACAACAAGAUUGUCAAGAGAGAACAAACGCUCUGCUUGGAGUUUCAGUACAUACGAAUGUAUCAGAUGGGGUUCUCCAAUCACAGAAGGACCGGCUGCUGACUUUCAUACGAGACUGGCGCUGUGAGCAGGGUGAGUGAUAACGAGUCAUUCUAUGCAUCGACGACGGCCCAUUGACAAUACUAUACCUUGAACACCUCGUCGAUAAC